ACUCCAGCAGGACGGGAACGCAGCACAGGAGCUGCACAGAACAAGAAGAAGAAGAAGAAGAAGAAGAGGAAGAAGAAAGAGAAGAAGCAGUUGACCCUCUAUGGAAGCCUUUUCCCUUCACUGCAGCUUCACUUCUCUUUCAUUCCGAGCUCCCUUCACCACUUGCCUUCUGCCUUCUGGUGCUACUUCCACUUCUGCAGCUGACCCAGACUCCUGACAAGAACCUGGACUGUUGGACAAAAGCUGUGGAGUCUGUCUACGUCCUGCACAUAAACUGGACUGGUUCCUGUCGUGGGGUUUUUUGAAAGGGGUGACAGAAGGAGGUGAUUUGAGAAGGAAGAGGAGGAGGAGGAUCCAGGAUCUGAGCGCUCCUGGAAGAAGAAGAAGAAGAGGAGGAAGAAGAGGAGGAGGAGGAGGGUGUGCCACUGUUAGAUCCAGCAUCCUCUCAGCCUUCUCCCUCCCUACGAACACACGCCCUUUAGACUACAGCUCCACUAAUUGCAUAAAAUAUUGAAUAGGAUAUCAUAUUUUAGCAAAAUCAACCAAAAACAAGUUCAAAAGUCCCUUCUAGAAAGGCAGUAGAGGUCCAGUUAGCUGCAGAAAAGUCUCCACACACUGCAAAAGACCAACUAACAGUCAGGAUUAUCAUUCUAGACAUACUGUAGUUGCUUUUGGUGAGAGGAACAGGCGCACACGGACACCCAGGACGCCCCAGACCCCGCCUCAGAAUGGAUCUCCCACCAGUCAGAGGUUUAUCUGAUGUGCCGUGAGUGUUGGGAGCUCCUCGCCCCAGCUCUGGCCUGCGGUCCAGGUGCCCCACGGCCUGGCCCACCAGGAUGGACCCCGCUCAUUCCUUCAGGAUGGAGCUGGACGGGUUGGACCUCCAGCAGGUCCAAGUGUUGUCACUCGAUCAGAUACGUGCCAUCAGGGCCAACAAUGACUAUGUGGAGCGGCCCAUGGUACCGGAACCAGGUUCUCAGACUGGAUUUUUCUAUGUCCACGAAGACCGUUACUCUCAUGGAGUGUACCCUCACCACACCCAGCUUUCCUCCCACUCUGCUCUGCCCCGCAGCCAAAGUCAGCAGCAGCACGCUCACCUGUCCCACCUGAGCCGUUCCAGCACUAUAAGCUCCUCCAUGUCUCGGACCAGUACCACCUCAGACCAGCGGCUGCUCGCAGGCUUGACACCAUCUCACUCUGGUCUAGGUUCAGUGGUUCGCUCCCAGCCUAAAGGAGAUCUGAAGCCUGACGUUUCCCUGAGUAAAGGCCUAGCAGAGGAUGAAGCUGAGCUAGGUCGUCAUUUGUUCAUCUGCGAGCGAUGUGGUCGUUGUAAGUGCCACGAGUGCUGCGCCCCUCGCCGUUUGCCUUCCUGCUGGGCGUGCGGACAGCGAUGCCUGUGCUCCGCCGAAAGCGCGGUGGAGUACGGCACCUGCUUGUGUUGCGUUAAAGGCCUGUUCUACCACUGCUCCGCCCAGGACGAUGAAGAUAACUGUGCUGAUCGGCCGUGCUCCUGCUCUACAGCGCACGCUUGUGCCCGUUGGGGCACCAUGGGGCUGCUAGCGCUUUGUCUGCCCUGCCUCUGCUGCUACCCACCUGCCAGGCUGUGCCUUGCCCUGUGCCAGUGUGCCCACGACCGCGCCACGCGCCCCGGCUGCAGGUGCAGUAACACCAACACUGUGUGCCGCAAGAUUUCUGCCUCCAACCCUAACCCCGGUCAUCCCUCGCUUCGCAGCAAGGCCCUGGAAAAGCCGUUAUGACAGACCUGGACGGGGGCCAGCAAGAUUCUUUUCCCUUAAGCUGUCGCCAAAGCAAUGCUGUCACCAAUCAACAGUGCCACAGCUGACAUUGUGACAACAAUGCCAUUGUGACCCACCUACCUACAUACAACAAGCCAACCAACCGUGUCGUUAACCUAGUCACCUAACGUACCUUGUAUUUACUUCUCCAGCUCAGGAGGGACCAAAGCUUUACUGUGCCUGUUCACGUUGGAGACUCAAUGCCUAAAACAAAAGCCUGAAGAAUUUCUGAAGAAGAAGCUCUUAUCCUUUGCUAGACUGCCAUUCAACUUUAACUAAGCCUUCCAAACAGAUACCACCUCUGUCCGCCUUCUGUUGUGUAAUCUGGAUGUUCAAAUCUAUUUAUUUAUUCUUUAAUUACCCUAACUUCCCCGUCCUUAGCAAUGAAUGUGCACAGAGCAAAUGGAAGAGCAACGGACCAAAAUCAGGAAGGAAAGAUGCCUCUGGCAAUUCAUAGGCCGACAGUCCUCUAGAGAGAAAGAGAGAGAGAGAGAGAGAGAGAGAGAGAGAGAGAGAGAGAGAGAGAGAGAGAGAAAGAAUCAGAUGAUGCUUCAAAGACAGGACUGAGAUGACAACAAUCAGAGAGCUCCACAAAAAA